GUGCGCGUGACGUGCCCCGAUAAGACGGGCCUCGCCGCGGACAUCGCGCGAACGCUCUUCGACUUUGGCCUGGUCACCGUGAAGGGCGACUUCGCGACGGACGGGAAGUGGGCGUUCGUGCUCGUGACCGUGAAGAAGCUCACGCUGUCGUCGAUGAACCUCGCCGCGCAGGACGAUCCGGGCGGCGGCUCCUCCCCGGGUUUUCCUUCGUCCCGCUCGCCUUCGUCGCACGGCCUCGGCGACCCCUCAAGCGCGGGGGUCAUCGAACCCAAGCCCGGGACGCUCUACAUCCUCACCGUCGAAGUCGAAGACCGCGUCGGGCUGCUCCACGACGUCACCCAAGAGCUGUGGGCGUGCGAGCUCACCGUGCACCGCGCGCACAUCUCGACGUCGCCCGCGGAUCUCGCCGUGGAUAUGUUUUACAUCACGGACGAACGGAACGAGUUACCGAACGAGCAACGCGUGGCGGAGAUCAGCGCGAACGUUCGCGCGGUGCUGCGAGGGAAACGGCGGUCGAUGGACGCGUCCGCGGCGGCGCUCGGGAACGUGCAGAUAUCGCCCGCGCCGCACUUCGUGUCCAAGACGCGCGGCGGGAACCGGCUUUUGGAUCACUCGGGAACGGCGUUGGAAAAAGUGGAGACGGCGUCGGCGGCGCACUACAGCGAAGCCACGGUGACGGUGGAUAACCUGAUGUCGAAGGCGCACACGGUGUUUCAGAUGCGCACGCGCGACCGGAAAGGGCUGCUCUACGACGUGCUGCGCGCGUCGAAGGAUCUGAAAGUGCACAUCUCGUACGCCAAGGUUGAGAUGCGCGAUAAAGGGCAGUGCGAGCUCGAUCUCUUCGUCGCGCGGUGUACGAACAUCAACGAGCAGCGGUACUUGUGCGCGCGGUAUAAAGAGAACAUCGAGCGCCCCGUCAGCGUGCAGAUCAAGCCGUCGGGCGUGGACGAGAUCACGACGGAGCUGCGCGUCAUCGCGCCGCUGGACAUCGCCGGGUUUACGCGGCCGCGGGUGUUACUGGACGUGACCGAGGCGUUGCGGCAGCUGAAGGUGAUGGUGUUCAAGGCGGACAUC